UUUUUCCCCCUCCUCCAUACUUCAGCUUGUUUCCCUCCAUCUCUGCCUUCCUCUCAGUGCUCGGACAGUGCGUUAAGGUGAAGACCAGAGUCCUGCUCUUGGGGAAAUUUGAGGAAGUCAGACGACAUAUACAUCUUCAACGGACAGUAUAAGAGUUUAAACUGAGACGACAGACAUUUCACCGCCUUUGUACAGUUGUUUGAAACUACAGUAAAAUGGAACCAAUGACUCAGUCCGCCCAGAUAUCAUCGUCGCAAGGGUUUGCCGAUGGGCAGAAUUCCGCUGCCAAAGAAUCAAAGCUGUCCGAUUCCUUUCUUUCCUCUUCGCCUGUAUCUCUCAUUCAGUCUCCUCAAGACAAAAGAGUUGUCCUGGGCUCUGACAAGCCCUGCGAAGGUGUAGCGACAUCCCUUCGCUUUCCUUCUCAGCCUGGCUCAUUCACACCUGGUCAUUAUGGGAGUGAAGCAGGGCCGCCAGAUGGUCAACCGGAUUCACCGAUAAAGACAUCUCCUGUUUCAGAGCGAAUUAAGGCAUUGGAAGCACUUGCUGCCAAAAAGAACGAACCUGAUUUUAGAAGCGAUGGAGGUUUCUCUCAUUUCAGAGAUCGCCACUAUGAAAAACCUGUUGCUGAGACCCAAAAAUCUCCCACUGAGACCCAAAAAUCUCCUACCAAGACCCAGAAACGUCCCUCUGAGAAUCAAAAAGCUCCCACUGAGAAAAUUGUGCCAACUGUCCAGAAAAAAGAAGGUUCUGCUGAUCAGGAGUCACCAGAAUCCCCUUUUGAAGUUCUUGGAGAUUUAAGACAAGUGAAUGAAUUUGAAGAAACAGAAGAGUGGAUGAAGACUCAUUUACCCCCUGUGCCAGACUUUGAUGGUGCAGAUUUAAUCAAAGGCACCCUGACUUCAGACAAUGUUACAUCAAAGGAGGAGAAGGAGACUGACAUUGUUAUACCUGAUGCUCCUGCUGCCUUUGCUGGUGUCCCUGAUGCUUUCAUGGAUUCUCCUAUAGAAACUUCAGAUCUGAGGGACGAGUUCAGUGAUGCACAGAAACAGGCAAGUGUUGAGGAGGAGUCUGAUUUUGACCUUAGUUUUUUGCCAACAGCCUACAUGUGGGAUCAGCAGGAAAAAUCUGGUGUCCAGACACAAGCAAAUCUUGAGUCAGAGCUUGCAGCUUCACCUGCACCUCCCACCGGCUUUGGUUCCCCAUCUCCUCCUAUUUCCCCACCAGUUGAUAGGAAUGCUAAACAGAAUGUUUUGGAUGACAAGAAGACCACUUGGACCAGAGAUCUAGAGCCCCCAGAGGCAAGUGAAGCAGACAGCUCUGGAGAGUCAGAUGAAACGGUCAUUGAAGAUUGUGUGACUGUUCCUGCAUCUGUUCCCCUUUCAUUUUCUGAUCCAGCAUUUACAAAUGAUCCUACUACUACUAUUGCUUCCACAACUCCCAAUCUUCCCCCUGAGGAAAAGGUGACCCCUCCACCAAAGUCUGAGAGGAAGCUAAUGCAGGUUCCAACCAUCAAUGUUAUUGAGACAGAUGAACCAAAUUACAGUGAAGAGGAGAUGGAAAUGGAGCUUGAAGCAGAGGAAGAUGAGGAUUAUGAGGUUGUGAAAGAUUUGGCCAGAGAGGCUCCAAAAUCCCCAGAACCAGAGCCAGAGGACAGUAAAAAUGAACCACCCAAGACACGACCCUUAGAAACUGAAUUCAUGGAAGGUUACUCUCCUCCAUCCUCACCUGUGGAUUCUGAUGUUGAGUACACUCCCAAACACAAGAUACUCAAAUCUCAUUUGGAAACUGUGCACCAAGAAUCUACAUCCAAGCCCAAUCCAACUGUUUCCACCAACUCAGCAUCUGACUUUUCUCAAGCACAAUCUGAAAAGUCACAGACCACUCCCAAUAAAGUACAUGAUGAGCCUUCUACUUUCAUGGUCACAAAUGAAGAAGUGGACUUCCCAGACAAUGAGGACGAAUGGUCAGAUGAAGCACAAGAUAUUUUGGUCAGACCUUUCAGGACUGAUCUUGCAUCCAAGGAACCAGUUCCUUAUACCCAAUCCAACAUGGAUGAAAAGAACGACACAGUUAUAAAAGAGUCUUACAUGGAGAUGGCUUCUCUCUCUAAAACGAGCUUCAUGCAAGACGAUAUAUAUGACAGACAAUCAUUUGAUUAUGAUUAUGAUGCAUCUUCUCCUUUGGAUGACAUUGAUGACAAAGGGCAAAACACUGCUAAGGAGCGGUUUCUUUCUGAUCCUUCUGAAAUCCACAUUGAAACACUGGAUACAAGCACUGCACAAAAUGAUAUUCCAGAGGAAAAUCAAAAUCUGGGUGACUUGACUUCACUGACUGAUAGCAAGACACUUAGCGGCAUCAAUGAGCAAGAUUUUAAAAAGAAAAUGACCACUGACAUAACUUCAGAUAACAUGGAAAAUGGAAACUCCCUCUCAGCACAGAAAAUUGAUUCAAAGAUCCAGCAGGAUACUAUAGCAGGUCACCAUGCACCUGACGCAACAAGGAACCCAGAAAGCAUUGAUACAGACAGGUCAGUUUCUGAGCCUACAGAUAGCUUUGUGGAGUUCAUGCGAGAGUGCCUGAAAUCUAGGCAGGAUGAAGAACAUGACAAAGUGCACCAAAGUGUUUCUUCCAAAACUGAGUUCAGCGAAACUGGUUGGCUUCCCUCCCAGUCCCCUCCAACCAUGGUGAUGGAUCUUGAUCAAGAACAGCUUACUAUAAGUGCUCUCAAAGAGCUGGGCAGCAGUCAAGAGGAGGAGGUAGUGUCUCUUGAGUCGAAGGUUUCUGACCAGGACAAAGCUAACCCUAACGCUACAUCUAUACAGCAGUCUUCCUUUACCUCAGUUCCUAACCUCCCGCGUUCCCAAAGUGACCGUGCAUUCGACACCACAUAUUCCAAAGAGGUGGAGGCCAUUGACGAAUGGGUAGCCGAAGCCUAUCAUCUUGCUGAGCAUGUCUUGACAGCAAUACUAACCCACGUAUCAGUUAAGGAUCUGAUCCACUGGCGAGACCCCAAGAAGUCAGGCUUGGUGUUCGGUCUGUCCAUGCUGCUGCUGUUGUCGCUGGCAGCCUUCAGCGUCAUCAGCGUGGUCUCAUACCUGCUACUGGCCCUGCUCUGUGUCACCAUCACCUUCCGCAUCUACAAGUCUGUGGUCCAGGCUGUGCAGAAGUCUAACGAGGGACACCCCUUCAAAACACUCAUAGAUAAGGAUGUCAGCAUCCCUCCAGAGACUUUCCGCAAGCACGUGGACGCCAGCCUGACCUACAUCAACCGAGCCCUAAAGCAGAUGAGCCGCCUCUUUCUGGUCGAGGACCUCGUGGACUCCCUAAAGCUGGCUGUGGUCAUGUGGCUGUUGACCUAUGUAGGAGCUGUCUUCAAUGGAAUCACCAUUCUCAUCCUGGCUGACAUCCUGCUCUUCGCUGUGCCUCCAGUCUAUGAGAAGAACAAGACUCAGAUUGAUCAGUACAUUGACCUGGCACGUACUCAAGUCAACACCACAAUCGCCAAGUUGCAAGAGAAACUUCCCGGAGCUGUGAAGCGCAGCAAAACUGAAUGAUCAUCCCCCUCCAUUAGAACCCUCCACAUCACCAUCAUCCUCAUCUCUAUCACCAUCUUAAACCUCCUUACCUUCCCGUACCCCUCCCCAGUCUAACUGUCCCUCCCCACUCCAUCUACCAUCACCAUCCUACUACACUGAACCUUGCUAGGUAGAAAAUCUCUGAGCUACUCGAUAUUCAAUGUAAGACUACUGCGCAGCUUAACUUGCAAGCAUUAGAAAAGAACUGUGCCUGUGCAGACAGGAAGCGGAUGUGAUGUAACGCCGCAGUGGACCCCGCCUGUCUGUGGGCGUGCCACAGGGGAAUGGAGGCAGGGUUGAGUGAACUAGACUGAAUAUAUGACCUGGUUUCAUCGUGCAGUAAGCAAGGGGGGAUGGAUGAUGGCUGUUUAUGUCACCAAAAAGCAAAUGUCUGUACUUUAAACCACACAUUUUCCUGAACAUAAGUGGCUAAUUUCAGCUGGAAACAUUAAAGAAAAACAGAAAUGUAAAAAAAAAGAAAGAAAAAAAGUAGAAGAAAACCAACCUUUUGGGUGUUAUUGUGGAUAGUCUUAUCCUGCUCUCUUGCUCUGCAGCUGUUGUAUGGAUAGAUAUGAGUUCAUUUUUAGAAGCUGGUAAUGGGUUUGCUCUUAUUGAUUGGCCUGUUUUGAGUUUGUUUCCAUUCACCUCACAGGUACUUCUGUAUGUAAGUUUCUGCAAUGCACUGAACUUUUAUUUUUUAAACCCAUCAGCAGGUUGAAAUAAAAGGAUUGGAACACUGAGCCAGCUGUGAUAAUUUGGUCUAGUUCACCCUCUUUGAUCAGAUGCAGUUUUCUGUAUGUAAAUACACCUGAAGACAACUACAGGCUCUCUCUGCUGUAUUGAACAAUGUUAGCCUCGCUUUUUAUAUCAAAGGAAAGUUCCCUCACUUACAGCAGUUCUAACUCCUUUUUUGUCGCACCUGUUCAAGCCACAAAGUGUUGAGAUCUCACAUUCACUUGUAAAUUUUGAUUAUUCUUAUCACUAAUUAUUACUAUUAUUGAUAUUAAUUAGAAUGGCUGCUUUGACUCCCUACUAGCUUGACAACAGCAUUGUAAGAGUUAUGUUAGUGUCAUUGAGCUUCAUCAUCUUAAACUGAAGGUCUGUCAGAGGCCUCUUGAGACAUAAAUGGUUUGAUAGGUUAAGAAAUAAACUGAUGUGUUAUCACACCCCGAAAUCUCUAAAAUGUCCUCACAGCUCACUUUCAUUUACAAAAAAAUCAACUCAACUCACGUUGAGUGUCAAAGCUUUGGAGUCUAAAGUGUGCCAAGACCUUUAUCCAAUAAAUCUAAUUUAAAAACACUUACGGCAUUUUUCCAGAGCUUUGAAGACCAUGAGACGGGGCUGACAGCUCUUGAAAACUUCCAUGGUGAAGAAUUUAACUCCUACAAUCAUUUACAACCUAUUAACACAAAAGCCUUUUUAUAUUAAUUUUGCAUUUAGCCCAUGCCAUAGUUAACAUUUAUGGAAAAAUGAAAUCUUUUAAAUUAUCUUCUCCUCAACCUAUCUUUGAAACAGAUAAAAAAUGGAAUCACAAAUAUGCCGUCAGUCUGGCCAGUAAUUUUAAAUGGUAGAGUUAACUAGUAAUUUAAUUUAUUGUCCUAUUUGAAAAUGUAAAAAUUAUUCUUUUGGCACAUUUUAGACUCUGUACAAAGCCUCAACAGUGACCUGAGAGACAUUUUAAGAUUAGGGUUGGUAUAACAAAAUUGGGGUGAGAUACUCUGAAUAGUGUGUAGCUGGGGAAUGUGGAAGCAGUUUUCAGAGUGGUUAUUAUAGAGCUCUUUUUGUCAUUUUGUUCUUUUUCUCUGACUGCCACGAAGCACGUCAUAGUAUAAGCUGGAAAGAUUCUCACCCUUUAUAUAGGCUGUAUCAUAUUUUUGACCCCGACUUUUGUUAAAUAUGAUUAUUACUUGUGAUUGUUUCAAUGGUGUUUUUGAGCUCAGUAAAAACCAUAGUCAUAUGUUAGUACUACUGCAACAUCUCCAUAUUGUUUUAAGGGACGAGUAUGUAGAAGGAAAGAAAAUUCCGUUAGUGUUGCUCUCCAUUUCCUCAUGCCCCAAAGUAAGUUUGCACUUGAGCAAACGUCCCCUGAAUACUGAAUGGCCAACAGUGGAGCCUCUCGAUGCAACAAUGUAACAACUCGAACUACUCAGACAUCUUUCUGUGAGCAGAAUGUUUUCUCUGACAGAACAUUCCUCCCCGUGCAUGCCCUCCACCGGGUGUCGUCUCACUGACGUCUUGCACGGUGUCUCAUUCAGACUCUGGGUGUCUAAACCAAAAUAUGCAACGUUUCUGUUACAGAUGCUUGUUGUUAAGCCUCUCCUCCUCCCUCCUUCAAACCCCUUAGCUGGGCAGGUUGUGGUCCUACUUUGUACUCAUGUUGAUGAGGUGUCAGUUAGCCUGAGGCUGAAGUAAGCAGGAUGUGCACAGCCUCCACAGUGGCUGAGGGGUGUGAAAGGGGGAAUCAGGCUUGAAUGCAGAGACUGAUAAUGUGAUUAUGCAUCAUGUUUAUUUAUUUGAGUGUCAAGAAGUUGCAUAAUCCUUUUAAUUUUCAUCUUAAAGUCCUCAUAAAAUACUGGAAUACAUUUGUAUUAAAUGUUUGGUUUACAUACAUUUUAUUUUAUUUAAAGGGUCAGUUCAAUCAAAUUGCAAAAAAAAGCAUAGUGUUACUGGCGAUCAUCCAGAAUUAAAGGAACUUCUGUUUUAUUGUUCCACUUGAAAACCUCCAUUGGCUUAGUGUGGAGGUAGAAAUCUCUGUGACACUGAAUUGAAUUAAAAACCGAGGCAAAUAUGACAAAGGUUGCACAUGGAAAUGUUGUAAUGUUGUUCUCUGAAGUCUGGAAGAACAAAAUAGAACCAAAUCUACCUGCAAGGCUAGAUACCACGGGAGGUAUGUCUUGUAUUUUUGCUUGAAUCGACCCUUAAACGUUGAAGCAGCUACCUUAGAGCUGAACCAUUCUGUCAGUCUGACCUCACCCCACAAGUGUUGUGCUAUGAAAGCUCAUUAUGCACUGCACCUUUAAGUGAAACUUCAGGAAAGGCCAUGUUACCCAUGUUAGUGUGCUACCAAGGCUAUAUACAGUAGAUCACUACUACUCAGUUGUACUUUGCUUAUUUCUUUAGAGUGUAAUAUAUAAUACGAAUGAAACUUUACACAUAUUUGAACCUGUUCCCUCACAGCAUGUUGCUUCUCUCCUUUUCCCGUUUGUCCCUUUGUGUUUUCAUUGGGUAUGGGAGUGUGUUGCAGGAGUGUAUUUGACGUUACUUGUCUCUGAGGAGUCUUGUUUUACUUUUGACUCUUUACUGUUAUCUAGACACUGUUCACUAACAUCAGCUUUGUUUUGUAUUAGCUCUGACUUUGGUUCCAAUUUUUGAAGCUUCGGGAAAGAUGUUGCAGAAAAAAAAAAAAGAAAACUGAAAAAAAAAGUAUGUGGUCUCUGUACUGAUGUCAAAGUGAAAUGAAUAAAAACACAUCAAAGGA